UAAAUUUGUAGAUUCUGGUGAAGCACAAUCUGAAGGAAAUAAAGUUUCUCAAGAAAAUAAUAAGAAAAGAAGGCUCAAGACACCAGCCCAGGUCACUGCACUGGAGAACUUCUAUAAUGAGCACAAAUAUCCCACAGAGGAAAUGAAAUUAAAACUUGCGGAGCAAAUAGGAUUGACUGAAAAGCAAGUCUCCGGAUGGUUUUGCCACAGAAGGUUAAAAGACAAAAGGUUGUUGAGAGAUGAAGCAUAUGCCUUCGGACGACAAGACCGUUCAAGUGGUGUGAUUCAGGAUCGUGGAAGCGGCCUCUGGCAGGAUUCCUGUGGUAGCACUAAGCAGGGGGAUUACAGAAAUGCUGAUCUAAGGGAGGUGGAGAGUCGUAGACUUUAUGGCCAUGAUAUUUUCGCUGGAGAUGUCAGCUAUGAGCAUAGGAGUCCAUGUACAGGAAAUGUUGGUGGCAUGGAUAGUACAUCUUCAGAAAGUAGCUCAUCAUUACAAGAUAGAUUUCUUUAUCAAAAGGAGGGUCCUUAUGAUUCUGGAUAUGUAAAAGAGAAUAAAGCUAUUAUGGAUAUGACACGUACGAAUAGUACGGGAUACAAGCCAUCAGGGUAUUUAAAAGUGAAGGGUGAGAUUGAGAAUGCUGCUAUCACUGCUGUUAAGAGACAACUGGGAAGACAUUAUCAAGAGGAUGGUCCACUUUUGGGUGUUGAAUUUGAUCCACUUCCUCGUGGUGCAUUUGAAUCCCUAAAUACUGAUCCAGUCAAUUCAGCAAUUUAUAACAGGAACUCAAGACGAACCCAGUCUCCUGACGUUUCUGGAUUUACAAAGUAUCCCAGUUUGGACCCAAGAUUUGAAGCAUAUAAUUCCAAAAUGAGUUCUCAGGAUCCAGAUCUUGAGGGUGCAAAUCAUAACACCAUGCCUGGAUCUGGUUUUCAAGACAGGAAAUCUCAUCGGCAAUUGAAACCAAGGUCUCCUCUUAUCUAUUCCAGUUCUUAUGCUGGCCAGAAGACUUCUUUGGAUUUGUAUGAAGAAUCUGCUCAGGAAACUACUCUUUGUAAUAGCAAGAGAAGUAGGAAUAGGAUAAGAUCCAAGCAUGACCCUGAAGUAAUGAGAUCAGAUCCUUUGUCUAGACAUCAUAGUCCAUAUGGUGGAAUUGUUUCUGGUGAGCAAAGUAGGCCAUUGCUUCAUGAUGUUGAUAAAGUUUGCUCUAAGUUUGUUCAGAAAGGUGAAUAUUUCUCUAGACCUUCAAAUUUGGUACUUGGAUUUAGCAAAUCUCCAGACAUAAAGGAGAGAGGAAUAUCUACUGGAAUAGAAAAGAUGGAGAAACUGUAUGGAGGAAGGAAAUCGAUAAAGGAAUGUGGAGAUCGAAAUUUAUUAAAAAUGCAUCCAACGAAUGGAAUGAGGGCUGUAAAACGAGGCGGAAUUGAGUUCUCUGGGCAAGAUCAAGUGACAGAAUUAUCAUAUGGUGAUAUUUCGCCACCAAAACAUCAUAUUAAGGGAUCUGCUGCGGAAAUGCCAUCUAGUUUCAGCGAGGAUGAAACUGCAGAGACUAGUUCUUCCCUGGAUUGAGGAAUCCAGUAUAAUCCUCACAAUCACAUCCUUGAGAGGCGGGCAGGAAGGGGAUCAGACACCAUAGUGGCCUAGCCAGGUUCAUGGGGUUGUACAGUUGAUGAUAGGAACCAACUGGGUGUCAUGGGGUUGUACAGUUGAUAAUAGGAACCUGUUGGAGUGAACAAAAUUUCAGUGCUGGUAGAAAGGUGUAAGUUUGUGAGAAGAGUUUUUGUUUUGUGUUAGUUGUGGCAAUGGAUUUCCUUUGCCAUUGAUGUGCCCAGGUGUAAAAAUUCUAUUUUAAUGGUGUUGAAGAUGUUUAUAGAGGAAAAACAAACUGUUGAAUUUUGAUUGUGAAUUCACAGGUUGCUAUCCUGGAUGUAUUACUGAAAGGACUUAAAACUAUAGUUUUAUUUCCCUGA